AUGAGCACCUCAAUAUACCAACCCCUCGAUUCCGAGGCGGGCGAGAUCAGGCUCCUCGAGCUCUCCGCCGCGCCCGAGCUAUCUUCGCCCAUCGAAUGCACGCUGCACCCCGUGCAUCUCAGCUCAUCACCCUACUACGAGGCGCUCUCGUACACGUGGGGCGGCCCAGGCGCCGGGCAGACCAUCACGCUCAACGGCGUGACGUUUCCCGUCUUCGAGAACCUGGAGGCCGUUCUCCGCCACCUGAGAUACGGAAAGCAGCCCCGCACGCUGUGGAUCGACGCCAUAUGCAUUAAUCAGGACGACCUGGCGGAGCGCGGCGCGCAGGUGAAGCUGAUGCGCGCGGUCUACGAGUCGGCGGCGAGCGUCGCGGUGUGGCUGGGUGAGCUGAGCCUAGGGGCCGAGCUCGGCCUGAACCGGCUCGCUACGACGAACAAUAUUGCGCGGAAUAACAGGAACCGCGAUAGACAUUGGGCGAUUGAGAAAGAACUGUUCGGUAACGACGGCGGGGCGGCAGCGGAGACUGGCUCCUGGUUCUCUCCGACGGCCGACCGGCAGAGGACCGAGCUGGAGAAAGACGAGAUCCGCGAGUUGAUGUGUCGGCCGUGGUGGAGCCGGGUUUGGAUCAUCCAGGAGGCGGUUCUGGCUCGGAAACUCAAGAUUCUCUGCGGCGACUGGGAGGUGGAGUGGGAGAGGCUGAUCGCCGAGACGAAGGAGGAGAAUAUUGCCGUUAAGCAGGUUGCGCUGACCCGGAUUAUGCACCCGGAACUCUUGUCCUUCGCGGACAGCACUUUUGACGACAUUAAUUUCAUGAGGCAGAAGUGGUCGGAGAGCAGUACGGGAAAUGCUGGGAACAACCUCUACGACCUGCUGUAUAGGCUUCGCCGUCUGGCCUGUACUGAUCCCCGAGAUAGGAUUUUUGGGUUCUUAGGACUCUUGCCUCCGGAGACGGGGUCCAUUUUGGACCCGGACUACUCACGUCCUGUUACGGAGAUCUAUACCCGCUUUUGCAGGGCUGUCAUACUUAAAAUGGGAACAUUGGAUAUUAUCAACUGUGUUCGCUAUUGGCGCGGAGUGGCUAAGCCCGUCGUUAAUUCGCGCGUUUAUAGCGUGUAUGAGCGAGCACGAUACCAUGACACAUCCGUGAUGGUGCAGGACGAGGAAGACGAGAAGCCAAGCAAGGGAUCAGUAAGACUACCAGAAGGAUGGGAGCGCUGCUUGGAUGAAGGUGUUGUCACGUAUUUCGACCAUCGAACACAGACUCGGCAUCAUGAAAGUCCCAUGGCCGGGAAAGUCCACCCGCCGGCAAACCGAAUAGUUCGGCAGACGUGCCCUAAGGGAUGCGACAAGACCUGGGACAAUCUGGGGAGAGCAUCUAUAAAGUUUGGGUUACUAGACGAAAAAGAGCCACCGAGGUUUGACGACUCCCAAUUCCCGGAUCUUCCCUCAUGGGUACCGAACUGGGCUGCACGAACAAGCCAAGAUCCAAACCCUCUACUCGAAUGGGGCAAGAAAGCGGGCGAAGCUGGUGCUUUUCGCGCAGCCAGGCAGUCUUACGCGGAGGUGUCGGCAGAUCUCGACGACAAGAUUCUCUCACUCGCCGGCAUGGAAUUCGACACGAUCACGGAAAUUUCUCCACCGUGGCAUCCCAAAUCCGAGACACCACCAUUAUCUCGAUGGGGAAUCACAGAACUUGAAGAGUGGUCCUCUAUUGCACUGCGGGACCGGUCUCCUUGCCCAUACGGAGGUAAGAAAGGCCGGCUCGAGGCCUUUUGGAGAACACACAUUGGCGACUAUCCCGGAGAAGGCGCAGCUCCUUCGGCCGACCGCAUAUAUGUCGACUUGUGGUUCGACGAGGAAGGAUGGGUAUCGUCUAUCGGAGAGAUCGAACCGCUGGAUAGCUUCUCGCUUGGCGGAACGGAAGGCACAACAUAUGCGGCAAGAGUCUUGUACGAGCAAUGGAGAAAGAUAAACGGCAAGGGGAGGUUUUUCAAUAAGCUUCGUGAGGUGUGGGAUGUGUGGGCGGUCUCUAGGCACUACGUGCCGUAUCUCCAACGUUUGUACGAUACAUGUGCUCACCGCGCACUCUUUGUGACAUCCAAAGGGUAUAUUGGAUUGGCUCCCUGGAAUGCUCAAGUUGGGGAUAAAAUAUGUUUGCUGAGCGGUGGGAAGACUCCUUUCUUACUGAGAGAGACUGCGGAAAGUGGUCAGUACUAUUUCGUAGGGGAAUGUUAUGUUUAUGGGAUAAUGGGAGGUGAAGGUUGGGUGGAAGACAAGGGGAUGGACCUAGAGACUUUUCAGAUUUCUUAA